AUGACGAGGAGGCUCACACCCUGCUUGCCAAAGCCCGCCAGCACGACUUCGGUCAACCAGAAUGAAGACUUCCAUUCCAGCUCUGACGAUGAGCCACAAGUGUCUCCUCGCACGAAGUCACGCUCUACAUUCGGCAGCGGCACCAAGCUCUCCGAUUUCGACUUCGACCUCAUGAUCAAGCAUAGUCUAUAUCGGGAUGAACUUCCUGCCUUCAAGGUCAAGCUCAAGGAGCAGCCAUCGACAGCAUCCGCUCUUCCACAGCCCGACACCAAUAUGGACCAGGGCGCUGAUACCCCUGCAUCCGCACAGCCAGCCGGGGUACGGAUCAUGACUGCUCCUAGCUCGACCCCAGCCACGUCAACCUCGGCUUUACCGCAGAGGAUACCGAUGGAACAGGGAGGGAUACCGAUCAGACUGGGCGGGAUGUCGAUGAGAAACAUUUCCGCAGCCCAGGGCCUGAUAUCCGCACCAACCAUGGGGAUGCCAAGUCCAACCUUUGGACCUGGGUAUACGCGCCCAUACCCUAAUGGCGUGUUGUUUCCUCCGAUGCCAAUGCUAUCACAGCACAUGAGCACGGCGUAUCCUCCCGGUCUACAAUCAUUUACCGGUGCACCGUCAUAUCCCGCGGCCGCUUCUCCACGCGACCCAGCUCCGAUCGGCCUGGAGCAGCCAUCGUCAGACAUUCGUCUUAACAUUUCCGAUCCCAUAAACGACAAGCGAUACGCCGUGUAUCUGGAUUUCGCUAUGCUGCGUCGGCGCUGUCCUUUCCUGGAGUACCACGACGAAUGUUACCGAAACUCCUUGGCUCCCAGAGGUCACCAAUGGCAGAUCUCAUUCGAAGCGCCCUGCAACGCUACGUCAGUAUGUCUCCAGUAUGCCGCCUCGGGCAUCAUGCUGCCGCCAGUCGAUCUCUGCGAUAUCUUCGAUACCCUCGUCAUGGCUAGCUCAUGGCAGAUGGAGGAGCUGGCUAUGGCAACAUACUGUCACUUCGUCCAAGAGGCUAUGCAAUUACCAUGCAACGAGCUAGGGCAGCUAUUGUUGUUGUUCGCCAAGGCGCACUCCCCCGACCAACGUGACUGCGGUGAUGAAGCCAGAGUGGCCGUCAACAAAGCCGUCGCCUCGCGGGCUACGGAGCUCCUGGCCGACCCACAACUGCUCGAGAUGCUGACUACAAUGGGUAAUGAAGCUGUAAGUCGCUUCACGAAGGUUCUCGCUGUUCAACUCGAGCGCAGUCGUCGUUCGGCGAACCGGCAUAUGCUUCAGCGCAACUGGCAACCUAAUGGUCGCAUGGAAGUUGACGUUGCGAGUGUUGCACUGUUCAAAGAAGUCUCAUGCAAAGCCAGUUCUGGAACUCUCAAAGAGAGCCCAGAGAGCCCUGCGGUCGGAAGCAGGCAUUCUUGGGAGACAGCUGAAGCUGUGCCAUGGCCCGUCGAACGAGGCUCUUCGACAAGCGCCUCAGCGAGCCAUGUGAAGCCGGCUCCGUCAAGCUCGUCCACGCCUGGAGCUUUGCCGAGGGUAUCCCAUACCUAUGGCGCCGCCUUGCCCAGCACGAUAUCAUCAAGCCCUCAUCUAUCACAGCCACGUUUCAUGCCCACCGCCAGUGGCUCACGCAGACGUCAUCGGUUUGGUAGGAACGACGAGGGGAAUGACAGCGAAGGUGAGUUAGACCACGACCACUAUCCGUCCAGGAGAAGCGGGUAUCAAAAGCGUGGUCAGCAAUCUUGCGACAAGUAUCGUAACUGA